GAGUCAAGCAUCGUAGAGCCAUCGCACACGACGGACGAUGGCCACACAAAAGACUUGAGUCGCGUCCUGUCGAUGCUUGACUCGUUCUCGUCCCGCUCGCUGCGAUGAGCGAGCACGACGUAGUUCGCUCGCGCACGCAACAACACGACCAAGAGCAUCGAGCCAAUUCAACGUCGCCUUGCCUCCACACCGAUCAAAGGACGCGGCACGAUCAACUGUUCGUGUCAAGGACGAUGCUCGAACGCGUCCGUCGCGUUUGCGUCAAGCACGUUGGUCAUGUGCACGUAGCAAGCACAUGUAUGCCGCUGACGGCGGCAUCCACACGUCGUGGGACAUUCACGACGGCCGAGCUGCUUUGACGUCGUCGUUUUACUUUACAGACGGUUCCUCCCUCUCGACACCAUCGCCACGACACGAACGAGAACCGCCGAGGCUGCACGAGUUCCCACCCAGCUUGCGUCGUCGGCAUCGUCGGUGCGCGGACGACGCCGACUGGCUACAUGGGCACGGCGCUGCGCCGAGCGGUCUACUGACGUCUACCCGUCAUGUCGAUGUGGUGGUGUCGUCGGCAUGCUUCCGUCGACGACACACGCCAAUUUAAACUGUUUGGACUGGA